GUUUUCUUCAAAGAAGGUGGCAGAGACGCUCCAGGCUAUUCCAAGAGUUUUCAGCGAAAGGACAAUCAGUUUUAGACGUUCAGGUAAAAAUGGCUUCUUUUCACGAUGCGAGAGAGCUUUGGGGUAACCAAGGUAGGGAAGACGAAGUGGAUGUGAUAUCAGUGGAGCCUAUCACCAUGAUAGUGCCACCGAAGUUGCAAGAUUUGCCCAGAACCCUCACACCCGAGAGUAGCACUAGUUCGAGCACGGGUGGUGAUUCUGGUGACCAUCGGUCUUCAACUUCCAGCGAUUCGUCCACGGAAGAGACACCGGUGAAGCGGAGGGUGUUGAAGAAGCUGGUUGCAAUGCACCGGGCGGCGCUGCAUCACAAAGUUGCAGAUGGCGCGGCCACAGUGAAGGGGUAUAAGAAGUUAGAGGAGAUGGUUGAGGAUGCCUACCAAGGCUAUGGUCUUCAGGUCACUCUUCUUGUGCCGUCUGUGUCCCUCCAUCAGCAGAACGAGAUGGUACUACAUCUUUGGGAGAUAAAAGAUGAUAUAUUCACCAACAUCAAGAAUAAGAACCAGCUGCUCGAUCAUGUGAAGGCGAGGGGUUUGGUGGAUUUGGAAGCCUUGGUUACCCGGGAGCAGCUCGCACUACUUGGGUUUGUCGACCUGACAAACCUACAUACUGAAGCAUCUUGGAGAGGCAACGUCAAUGAGCACAAGGCUCGAGGAACCGUGGAGUUGGGUCCGGUUCCCAACAUCAAAAUCAUUUUGACGAGCGGCCACCUACUACACCAAGGUGUAGUUCAUCUCACAGAAGUUCCAGCUCAACACCAAGACCACGUGUCGAGCAGAGAGUUGAAACUGUGCCCUCGAGCUCAAGAAGGCGCGCGAGGGAAUACUCUGAUGCUGAGGAUGACAUUCCCCUCAUCCGAUGAAGGACGAGUACGGGGACUCAGCUUGCCCCAGCCGUUGCAGCGCGACCUGCCAACAUGCCCCCGGCGCCAGCACGUGAGGUCGCUGAGCCAGCACCUGUCUCAUUACCGGCAACGUGCGAAAGGGCACGUUCAACAACACGGAGGACAUGCUGCUCUAAUCAAGCUGAUGGAUGUGUUCAGCUACACCGUCGCACUCUUCGAGUGCAAGCAGGGAGCGUUGGUGCAGAACCGCAAGCUCGAACAAAACUGUAAACAACUGGCCUCUGAAAAAGGCAGUUUGGCUGACGAGGUCAGCUGUUUGCAGAGCUCGGAGAUGGCGAACAGAGCGGCGUCAGCAGAGAGCCGAGCUGACGAGUUGGCCCGCAAGGUCAACGAGCUGAGAGAGGAGCUUGAAAAAGCUCAAGUAGAGAAAUAGAGCAACAUUCAAGCUGCCAAGGAGGAGGUCAAUCAUGCAGAGGACUGAGCUAAGAAGACAAAGGCUGACAGAGAAAAGACCCUGCACGAAGUGAACAUAACAUGUGCAUUUUCUCAUUCUGCUUCUUCAAAUGGGCGCUUAAGAGGCCGAUUCUUGUUUACUGUCAUUACUUGGCGAGCAUAUGCCUUACGACCUCGAGCACUCUGGCCUCCUGAAUGCAUACCACCAUAAAUCAUAUUGAUUGUG